UUCUUUUUUCCCUCCCUCUUGGGGCAGCGAAAAAGCUGGAGCCGGCCCUGCUGACCCCUAUGGAAAGGCACCUGUUAACCAUAAAUAAUGUGGUAAAUUGGAAUGGUCUCUGCACACUAUCUCUUGAAUUGAAAUAUCUUGGCAUCUGCCUCUCCCCUUUUAGGUUGGUGCUGAGGUGGAAUGAAUGUCUUCAUGGCAAAAUUGGUACCUUUUAUAUUGUUGUGAAAAGAUGGCAUGGGCCUCAAGAAUGGUCAGGAUCACCUGUGUCAAUAUUUGGGCUGAAAAAGAGGAACUAUAGUUUGUCGGUUUGUGGUGGGUGCAGUCUAUAUACAGCUAUGCCAGUUCCCAGUUUGCUUUUCUGGUAAGGUAUGGAACUAGAGAGUCAUUCUGGCUUCUAUGUAGCAGGGAAUUGAUAAUGUUGAGUGUUGUGCAAGAGGCAUUUGAGGCCUCUUUUCACAAGUGAUUUCUGAAGCAAGUUCUGCUUCUUUAUUUCUCAGUCCAUUCUGCCCUCGAGUUGCUCUGGCGUAGGGUUUAGCCUAGCAAAAAAGUAUUAUAAAAGGAAAUCUGAAUCUGGGUUAGCCUCCCUGCUUGAUUUAAGAAUGUAUUGAAUUACAUAUAGAAGGAAAAUGGCUCUAAGGAGAUCCUGUAACAAAAAAGGUUUGAAUCUGAAAUCUAAGACCAAAAAACCUACCUAAUUCACUACAUCUUCAGAGCCUAGAGAACUGGGUACUGUGAUGUUUAAAUAUUCAUAUUGUGUAUAGAGGGCUUUCUGAACUACAGUGCUUCUCUGAACAGAAAUUACUCAUUUCCUUGCAGUUUAGAUGUUCAAUCUUCAUACCAGUUUAAAAAAAAAAUUCUGGACCCACUGAGAGAACACAUGAUGAAACUGUUCCAUCCCCAGUAAACUGGAAUGCUCUCCCUUUAUAUUAGAUUCAUUCUUUCCUAUGUCUCUUAUCAUUGAGGUGCUUGGGCCAGCCUAGAUCAAAAAUGUGCAUUUUUUUCUCUGCUCUUUGAUUCUCUUUCCAUCAGACAUGCUCAAGAAGAGAGGGGGGCAGGAAAAUGCCUAUGUUCAGUUUAAAUCUGAUGCGUGUCUGUGAUUUAGAAGAUGCUUCUUGGUAGACAAUGGUGACCCUGGAGAGGGGUGGGCACCAUGUGUGGUCUUCAUUGUAAAUCUACCUUUUAUAGUUUUAUGUUCAGAAAAAAAAAGAUGCCAAGAAAUUGCUCUGGCUUGAUUUCAGAGCAUGUUUAACCCUAAAGUUGGAGGCCCUUGGUGUUUGAUGCCUGCCUUAAGAAAACUGCCCCACACGCAGGAGGGUAAACCAUCGAACCCUAUGGCUGUUUUUGGUGUGGCUUCUGUAAUGAGUCGUGUUUUUAUUCUCAUUUCCAGUGUGACAUGGGAUGGACACCUCAAAGUGAAAUUUCCAAGCCUCUUCUACUUUGAAGAGUUUUUAAGAAUUCCUUCUGAAACACUCUUCCUGGAGGAAGAAAUGCCCCAUCACAGCGUUCUUCGCCUGGUCCUGCUGAUGCUCUCUGGAGUCGUGGUCCCUGCUGUUCUAACAGCAGAGUAUCCCCAAGGACCUGCCCCCACGCUGUGGAAUGAACCGCCGGAGCUGCCAUCGGGAGAGGGCCCCUUUGAUGCCGCCACCACCACGGGCCGCUUCUCGGACUCUACAGGCUUCCCCCCAUACACCUCGGAGUAUGAGCCUGAGGACACCACCCACCUGCACCAUCUGGAUGAUAACGGGUCUCUGGGUCCUGGAGCUAUCAGUGCCAUCGUAAUCGCUGCUCUCCUGGGCACGUCUGUGAUUGUGGCCCUGAUCGUCAUCACCCUGCGAAAAUUCUCUGCCUCCUGAACUGAAUAAAA